AUGUCAUCCGCAAAAGAACAAAGUAGUGUUACGGCAGCAUUGCAACCAGAGCAAUGGACGACAUCAUCAAAUGAAGCAUUGAAAUUGUUUGUCACCAAUCCUGAAGCAGCACUUAAUUUCCAACCUACAUUUACUUAUCCAAUAUUUGGUGAUGCCGAAACAAUCUAUGGGUAUAAAGAUUUAGAUAUAUUUUUAUGUUUUGAUCAUUAUACAUUUAAACCAUUUUUGAAUAUUAAAUAUAGUGCCAAAUUGACUGACGAUCCAGAAAUUAUUGAUAUUAAAAAAACCAUUGAUGAAUUCUUACCUAAACUGACGAUUUUCAAAGAUGAAGUGAAAUGGGUCGAUUCAAUAAAGGAAGAAAAAGAUAAUGGGUAUAAAAUACCUGGAAAAUUAAUUGAUUCAUUUAGUGAGAAUGAUAAAGAAUACGAUAUUUACAAAAUUGACUUGAAGUCAGACAAUGGAUAUGAAUUACAUCAACGAUUGCAAAUCUUAGUCUUAUUGUUCAUUGAGGCAGGGUCAUUUAUUGAUGCCAAAGAUGAAUUAUGGAACUUGUAUGUUUUGUAUGAAAAAGACAAUAAAUCUACAUCCAAUAAUGAACCUUCUAUAGUUGGGUUUACCACGGCUUAUAAUUAUUGGAAAUAUCCUGGUGCCAAAAAAUUCGAUUCAACUGAACAAGAACUGAGAAUCAAGAUAUCUCAAUUUAUAAUAUUACCAAUUUACCAAGGUCAAGGCUUAGGACAAUUAUUUUAUUCCCAUUUAUUUGACAAGUGGUUAGCACAAGAUGAUAUAAUUGAAGUAGUAGUUGAAGACCCUAAUGAAAGUUUUGAUGAUUUAAGGGAUAGAGCCGAUUUGAAAAGAUUAAAUACUAGUGAGCAAUUUGAUUUCAAAGCUGUUACUCCGAAAGUAGACAAGGAGUGGGUUGAAAAAACAAGACGAGCAUUAAAAUUAGAAAAGAGACAGUUUGCAAGAUUGUUAGAAAUUAUAUUGUUAUACAAGUUGAAACAUGGCUAUCCUGGUAUCACCAAGAGAGACGUGAGGUUAUUCAUCAAAAAAAGAUUAUAUGACAAGAAUAAGGAAGGAUUAGCCACCUUAGAUGAUAACACCAAGAAAGAUAAAUUACAGACUGCUUAUCAAGCUUUGGAAGAUGAUUAUUAUAGAAUAUUGGGAGACUUGAAGUUGAACAUUAAGCGUGAGAAUGAUGAAGAGGAAACCGACACCGUUUCCAAAAAGCAAAAAGUGUAA